CCGUGACGCCUGUUGUCCGCGCCCGUCGCGUGCCGUGGUGGCGGCCAUGGCGCAGCCCGGCGGCAGCCGCCCGGUUACUGUCAGCGACGUGCAGCAGCUGGUGAAGCGGAAGGACGAGGUGGAGGCGCAGAUCAAGGCCUGCUACGAGCUGCUGGAGGGUCAAAAGGGCGUCGGGAUGGACGAGCCGCUGGUGGACGCGGAGGGCUUCCCCCGCGACGACAUCGACCUCUACCAAGUGCGCACCGCCCGGCACAACAUCAUCUGUUUGCAGAAUGAUCACAAGGCCCUGAUGAAGCAGGUGGAGGAAGCUCUUCACCAGCUGCACGCCCGGGAGAAGGAGAAGCACGCCAGGGAUGAGGCGGAGGCGUUGGCCGAGGCGAUGAGCCAGACCCAGAGCCUGCCACAGGCUUUUGCCAAAGUGAACGCGGUGACUCCAGGAUCUCCUGCAAACAUCUCAGGGCUUCAGGUCGAUGAUGAGAUUGUGGAGUUUGGUUCUGUCAACGUAAACAACUUCCAGAACCUGCAGAACAUCGCCACAGUGGUGCAGCAUAGCGAAGGGAGACCCCUGAGUGUGACUGUGCUCCGCAGCGGCAAAAAAGUUCACGUGGGGCUGACUCCGAAGCGCUGGGCCGGGAAGGGCCUCCUGGGCUGCAAUAUCAUUCCCUUGCAAAGAUGACCGUUGCUUGGAAAACAAUAAAGCUGAAGCUUGUGCCUGCUUUCUGGACUCUGAUCUGAUUUGAAAACUUCCCUACGUGUUUUUGCUGAAACAAAUAUUUCAGAGGCUGUGACCUCUACGCGUGCCAGACUCUCAGAGUCUGAAGAGGUUCUGCUGGAGUAAGGUCUGACUGCAAUUCAGAAUUGCACUGGUUGAUCAGGGGUAGCUUGCGGAGUUGCAAGCUGUGGCUUCUCAUCUCUUACACCUUGCGUCAGUUUGGAAUGAGGCCACAGGGAGACCCAGACUUCACUUGAUAGAGACUAAAGAGCAUUAAAUGCUCUUAUUUGUUGACAAUAGCAUUCGUGUGUGUUGUCGCCCCCAAAUUCCUCACUGAACAUCUUGUAAUAUAAGCUAAAAAGUCCUGGAGCACUUCUGGGUGUCUGUAAUGGUAGAUCACACUCAAGAAAUAUGCAAGUUUGAUACUUUAUCUUCCCUGUGUUGCCACAACUUUUGAAGUUACUAAACAUGAUGAAAGAAUUUUUGGAAUGCAUAAUUAUUUUAAGUUAAUAAUAUAAGUAAUAGGGAUUAUAAUUCUACUUUGCUUUACAUUUAGUAUUUUAUAUGGUCAUGAUAAAAAUACUCCUAAGUUGAUGAAUUUUUGGUUUUUUUUUUUUUUUUUUUUUAUUUGUGGUGGUUGAUUUGUUUGGGGUGUAUAAACCCUUCAAGGGGAUUUCUGGGAUGACUGGUUUGUUGUAAGUGUGUUUCCAGUUGAACUUCAAAAUACUCUUCCGAAACAAUAAAGGAGUAAUACCUUUCUCCA